AUGGACCAAUCUCAAAUAUUGAAACCUCUUACUUUAUCUAUUACAACAAGAGGCAUCGGCAUGAGCAUCUGUCAUAUGGCAUACGACAUAUCUGCGGCAUACGGUGAUGUAAUUCGCGUUCCCAAUAUCUAUAGUCAAUACCGAGUAUACCUGGGAAUCCUCGAAUCUAAACUUCAACACAUCAAGCGUGGUAUCCGAGUUCUACCCCGGCUCACGGACUAUACUUAUAAUUACGCAGUCGCAUGUGAUGCAGUAAAUAUUACACGGGUUCCGGAGCCGAUAAGGAAAAUCGUUAACUCAAUCGGCUAUAUAGAGCAUGAUAAGAAGGUCUAUGUACCAGCAGUCGCCAGAGAAGUUUUGGACCAAUAUGAGCGUCUGGUCCCACGUGCUGAGACCGUACUCCUCAGUAAUCUGAGGCGUACUGUCGUAGCCCUCGCGAACCCUGAUACCCCACAGAUAUCACGGGAGACGUUCCACAAUAACAACCCAAUCCCAGGAGCAAUAUGGACUGACCACGUUCUACAGAAUCCUGACGAAAUAAUACCUGCAGACUAUGAUCUUAAAGACAAAUUCCAGCAUGACAAUUCAGUGAUAAUGCCAUGGCUCUAUAGUUUGCAGAAGCAUGUGCCAAAGAUGGUGGGAGGGUUGGUUGAUCUUAGUCCGAUAGGAAGAUUGUCUCUUUUCGUCUCAAAUGGAAUGGAGAAUCUCAAAGUACCAGAUCGCCGUGCAGGUGAAGAUCUUAACACAUACUACAGGCGCUGCAUUCUUGAAGGCAACAUCAGGAAUUAUAAUGCAUUAUGCCCCUUAGAGCCGGCCAACUUAAUUGAAGGACAGCUUAACUUACUUGGCGAAUAUCCAGAUCCUGUCGACCUACGAUACCCAAUAUAUUGUAUGAGAAACCCACCAGUAUCAGUGGUUGAGGUCACUUCAGACUACAAAGGCAUUUGUCAAAUAAUGUACGCGCGUAUGAAAAUGCAUAACCAAAUAUAA